AUGCGCUCCCCACUCCGACCCCCCCCUCCUCCACCUCCCCUUUUGUCGCGUGACCUCUUCCGACACCUGGUGGAGGAGCACUCCCUGAAGGCCAAGAACAAUGCCACCCUCUGCCCGUGGAAGGACUGCGCCUUUGUCCCGGUCGAUCAGGAUGACCUGGCCGUACACUUCGGCAAGCACCACGGCUACCCGCGCUUUCAGUGCAAUCAUUGUGACGUUCUGCUCAAGAGCAUCCCGCUCAUGGAAAAGCACUUCCUCAACUUCCCCACCCACCUCGGCAGCGCGGACCUUCCCCAGUCGCCCCAGUCCCAGGUCCCGAAGGAGUUCCGGUCAUCGGUGCUCGACCUUCACGCGGACUUCCUCGACUCGGCGCAGGAGCACCCGCUCAUCAGCCGGUCGAAGUUCGCUCGCCACACCUGGCUGCGGCCAGCCGGCCGGCCGGCCGGCGAGGCGGGGGCAGGGUGA